AUGUCUGCAUCCUUCAACCUAGGCCCUCCCAAGGAGAGCCCCCGUACUUUGUUUCUCAAAGCACAAUUCUGGACCUCGCCCCAGUUUCCUCCCCCCGAAACCAAUCUAGAAGGCCAAGUCGCCAUCGUGACAGGUUCUACCAGCGGCCUGGGGCUCGAAGCAUCUCGCCAGCUUCUGUCUUUUGGCUUAUCGGGCCUGAUCAUGGCCGUGCGGUCUGUGGAAAAGGGCAAAAAAGUUGCUUCUCAGCUGCGCACCCAGCACCCCAAAGCCAAUAUUCAGGUUUGGUCCCUUGAGAUGGAAUCGUACGAUUCUAUCCAGGCUUUUGCCCGCCGAGCUGGGCUUACCUCCCGCUUGGACAUGGCCAUUCUCAACGCAGGUACACAGAUAGCUGAUUUCACAAUUGUCCCCACCACGGGGCACGAGAAGUUGGUUCAGGUCAAUUACCUCUCUACCAUGCUACUUGCUAUUCUGCUACUGCCAGUCCUCAAAGCCAAGUCGCCCCCGAGCAGCCCCGGCCGGUUGAGUAUCGUCAGUUCCGGCUCAGCACGCGGUGCCACCAUGUCUCAACCCAAUGAUGAGUCCGUUCUGUCAGCUCUCAACAAUCCCCAACACUGGGACCCCUUCAAGCGCUACCCAAUCAGCAAGCUGCUGGGCCAUCUGUUCAUGGUCAACCUGGUCCGCUAUGUCAAUGCCGACGAUGUCAUCAUUAAUCUCGUCGACCCGGGGCUAGUCAAGGGUACAGACUUGCAACGCGGCGCCCCGUUUCUUUUGGCUGUAUUCUUUUAUUGCUUCAAAGCGAUCUUGGGGCGAACGGUGCCUGUGGGUGCGUCGACAUAUGUCGAUGCAGCCGUUGCCAAGGGCAAGGAAACACACGGCUGUAACGUGGCAAACUGGGGUAUUUCACCAUUUGCUGCGUUUGUUUACACGCCUGACGGAGAGUCCAUUAGAGAAAGUUUAUGGAAAGAGACGAUCGCAGAAUUGGAAUUUGCUGGUGUCCAAGGAAUACUUGAUGGCUUGAAGCAUGAUUAA